CGGUCGAGAUUAGCCUUUCAUUUUUUCAAAAAUCACAGCCCAGUGACGGUAGCUGAUAGGGCCUCCAUUGCCGGAUUUAUAGAGGGCCGCCCCACCCCAGCAGUCAAAUUGAACGCUUAACCCCAAGUACCAAGCUCUCCCUCUCUCUCUCUCUCUCUCUGAGAUGUCCACCGGCGGGAGGAAGUUCCGCCUGAGCAAUGUCAGCGUCAGCUUAGGCUGCCGCUGCCGGAGGUCGAAACUCUCCGACAUAUUUCAACCAAAGCCGAAAUCCAAAAACCCUAGUCUCCAAAACCCCCAUCUCUACCGUUCUUCCUCCAGCUCCUGGUACAAGAGCAGUCUCUCCACCGACGACGAGGACGACACCACCCCAGCCGACGGCGACGGGGGCGGCGGCGGCGCCGCGCGCUCUCUGAAAUCCGAUUCCUGGUCGCAGUGUUCGGACGCCGAGCCCUAUGGGAAGGCGGGGUCCAGGGCCGUGAAGGGCUUCGGCAGGGUCGGCGGCGAGAGCCUGGCCGUCGAGAAGGAAUCCGACGACCCCUACCUGGAUUUCCGGCAGUCGAUGCUGCAGAUGAUUCUGGAGAAGGAAAUCUACUCGAAGGAGGAUCUGCGGGAGCUUCUGAAUUGCUUCUUGCAGCUGAACUCUCCGUACUACCAUGGAAUCAUCGUUCGAGCUUUCACGGAGAUCUGGAAUGGGGUGUUCUCGGCGAGGUCGUCUUCUCCGACUCCAAGACCGAAACAGAAUUCCCUGCGCAGGUCACGUGAGUUCUAACAGCCUCACGUGCAGUAUUAACCGUAGCGCGUGGUUUCAGUAACAAAUAGGUAUAUACAUGUUUGCGAUCCACGGUCCAGAAUGUGUUGUGCACACUCACUCCAUCCUAAUAUUUAAGUCAUGCUUGGAAGUGUCAAUAACAACAUUUUUGGGGUACGACUGUAACAGUAGGUUAGGAAGAAAUUAUUAGGUUAGAUGAUUUGGGUAUUUUGGUUGAUGGUAAUUGUAGGGUCGGGUCGGGUCGGGUCAGGUCGAAUUAUGAAUGAGUGUUCGAGUUUCAACCUUUCAUAUAAUAUGCAUAAUUGCAACAAAAUGUGCAAUAAAAUGCGCCAAGGGUUGAGAUUCGCACACUCAUACUUUUGUAUUCCUUCUAAUACUUAAUGAUAACUUUUUAUUCAA